GGGUAUUCCCCCCCCACCCGCCUGAUGUGUGGUAUCGCCUGGCAGGGUGGUUGUCACACGUUGAGGGGCCUGUUCCCAGCUCCUCACAAGCUGGGGGAGCGCUUAAGCUGCUUCCUCCGGGAGAGGACACCCUCCCACCCCCCCCGAGCCCGGGCAGCAAGGAGGGGAGCUCGGCCACGAGCUAGGCCUCUGCUUUUCAGGGUGAUCAUGGGGAUUUCCUCUGCGGUCCCCCGCUGCUCUGUGUGGAAUCCAUGGACUGGGCUAAGAUGGCUGACAAGCUUCCCCAGGAGAAUCUUGGCACAGCAGAGAGUGACUUCUGCCCCGGGGACGCUUCAGUGGAGGAAACUGUCAGGUGCGCCCACGAAUGUGGUUUCCAGGCCUUGGGGUAUGAGGCCUCGGGCCAGGAGGGCACUCCACGCAGCCUCCUGCAGCUUCCAGGAGGUCAUGCUGACUAGUGAGCGUUACAGAGUGCAGCGGCUGCCCUUUGCCCCUGUGUCUGACAGUGAUGUGGCUUUCUUUGAGCGUGUAAUGCCAGGUAGAGUCAUCACAAAUCCGGAGGAAUUGAAGUCAUUUAAUGUGGACUGGCUUAAAUCAGUCCGAGGCUGUAGCAAGCUGAUGCUGAAGCCGCAGACAACAGCAGAAGUAUCUCAAGUUCUCAGAUACUGCUAUGAGAGGAACCUGGCAGUGAACCCACAGGGGGGUAACACAGGCCUUGUUGGGGGCAGCGUUCCUGUCUUUGAUGAGAUCAUUCUCUCCACUGUUCUCAUGAACCGGAUCGUCAGCUUUGACAAGGUGUCUGGAAUCCUUGUGUGCCAGGCUGGCUGCAUCUUAGAGAAACUCAACGAGUACUUGGAGGAGCAGGGGUUUAUCAUGCCACUUGACUUGGGAGCAAAAGGUAGCUGUCACAUCGGUGGUAAUGUGGCCACAAAUGCUGGAGGCUUACGGCUCUUGAGAUACGGCUCUCUCCGAGGGACAGUGCUAGGACUGGAAGUGGUGCUGGCUGAUGGCUCAGCUCUGGACUGCUUGGCGUCUCUGCGCAAAGAUAACACUGGCUAUGACUUGAAGCAGCUUUUCAUCGGAUCCGAGGGGACCUUGGGAGUUAUCACUGCUGUCUCCAUACUCUGUCCUCAGAAACCUAAGGCUGUGAAUCUGGCAUUCCUAGGGUGUCAGAGUUUCGCUAAGGUUCUGGAAACAUUUACAACCUGCAGAGCCGUGCUGGGAGAGAUCCUGUCUGCCUAUGAGUUCAUGGAUGAGAAGUGCAUGGAAUUGGUUGAGAGACAUCUCAAGCUGUCCAGCCCAGUGACAGGCAGCCCUUUUUAUGUUUUAAUUGAAACUUCGGGCUCCAACUCGACCCAUGAUGAAGAAAAAUUGAACAACUUCCUAGAACAGACCAUGACUUCUGGUUUGGUCACUGAUGGAACUGUGGCAACGGAUGAUAAGAAAAUAAAGAUGCUGUGGAGCCUGCGGGAGAGGAUCACAGAGGCCCUCACUCAUGAUGGCUACGUCUACAAAUACGACAUCUCUCUCCCUGUGGGAAAGCUGUAUGAUCUCGUGACUGACAUGAGGGCUCGGCUGGGCCAGAGUGCCAAAAACGUGGUGGGCUAUGGCCACUUGGGAGACGGAAACUUGCACUUGAACAUCACAGCGGAGUCCUAUAGCCAUUCCCUGCUGGAUGCCAUUGAGCCAUUUGUGUAUGAGUGGACUGCAAGACACAAUGGCAGUAUCAGUGCAGAGCACGGACUGGGCUUCAAGAAAAAGCAGUUCAUUCAGUACAGCAAACCCGAUGAGGCAGUCUUUCUAAUGCAGCGUUUCAAAGCCAUGUUAGACCCCAAAGGGAUCCUCAAUCCGUACAAGACACUGCCCUCCAGUUCCUGAGAGCAACAGGCACUGAGAAACAAGCAGAUACCAUCAUGCGAGGAUGGCACCUCUAGCUCAGUAACUGCACUUUAGCCAUAAACAAACUGAUGGAUGAAGCAA